AUGGAGCUUCUAUUUGGUAGCUCCCAACGGUCCGACGACGACAACGACUUCGAUUUCGACCCUCAAUGUGAAUGCGACACUCCAGACCACAUCGAACACCGUCACGACGAACCAAGUAUAAGAGAAACCAUGGCCUCUUGGAUCCAACGCCAAAGCAAUUCCCACUACGUGCAACUUGCUGGUGCGGCUCUCCUUUCGGGCACUGCUGUUGCUGGCGCUAUCCUCGGGUAUCAAGCUGUCAAACGAAAAGCUGCUGUUGACCAGUUGAAGAAAUCGAUACCGGAGCUUCAUCAUGACCAUGCAGCGCACUCGCUUACAGAGUUUGGCGUACUACCUCCCCCAAGCUUCAAGCAAAGCAAAGAGGACGAGCGGAGUGCGGCUCUAGCUUGGAGAGCGCAAGAUGGAGAUUAUGAUGAAGAUCUUAUUCUCGAACAACUUGCGCGAAACAGGGCCUUCCUUACCGAUGACGGCUUAAAGAAGCUACGUUCCGCCUUUAUAAUUGUUGUCGGAUGUGGUGGUGUUGGCUCUCAUGCUAUAGCUGCUCUUGCGCGAUCCGGUGUGGGCAAAAUUAGGCUUAUCGAUUUUGACCAAGUGACCUUAUCUUCGUUGAAUCGACAUGCUGUUGCCACCCUUGCGGAUGUUGGGAUGCCAAAAGUGUUCUGCAUUAAAAAGAGGUUACAACAGAUUGCGCCAUGGGUGCACUUUGAUCCGCAGAAUAAACUCUUUGUCGACUUUGCGGCAGACAAAUUGUUAGGCCCCUGGGAUAUACCUGGGGAUACAGACACUCCUAAACCAGAUUAUGUGUUGGAUUGCAUUGAUAAUAUUGACUCAAAAGUUUCCUUGCUUCGCUAUUGCCAUUCUCACGGCAUUCCAGUGAUAUCUUCUAUGGGCGCCGGAUGUAAAUCCGACCCAACACGAAUUAUGGUUGGUGAUAUAUCAACAAGCAACGAAGAUCCGCUAUCGAGGAGCACCCGCCGCCGUCUAAAAGCGUUAGGCAUUUUCUCUGGCAUACCCGUUGUCUACUCGAUCGAGAAACCAGGUCCAGGGAAGGCGGAGCUACUCCCUUUGCCAGAAGAAGAAUUUCAGAAAGGCGAAGUGGGCGAGCUAGGCGUUCUUCCCGAAUUUCGCGUGCGCAUUCUCCCCGUUCUAGGCACGAUGCCUGCUGUCUUUGGCUAUACGCUGGCCAACCAUGUCAUUUGUGACAUAUCUGGGUACCCGAACGAUUACAAUCCUGGCGGAAAGGGCAGAGACAAGCUAUACGAUUCCAUUCUAGGGAGUCUCCAAGGAAUGGAAGAACGGCUCGCGAAGGCUGAAAACAAAGACCCUGUGGGGCUUAGAAUUCCCAUCACCAAAAACGAUAUUGGAUAUCUACUAGAGGAGGUGUGGAGGGGGAAGAGUAUCGUCAGUGGGCUCACUACGCGUCUUGUGUUAGUACGAUGGAAGAAGCCGGAGUGUGGGUUUGGAGCUGACCCUGAAUGGGAGGCGCACGGCCAACGUGGAGUGAAGCUACAACUUCGAGAAUUGGUAUGUAUGACUAAAGAAGAAGCCCUGCGGCAUGAGCGAGAGGUACUCAAAGGUGGGAAAAAUCCCGAAGAUCUUUAUGACGAGAUUAUCCUGCAAAAAGUUCGAGACACGAUGCAUGAAGAGGAGACCUUUGAGAAGUACAGGUAG